UGAUGUCACACCAGUAACCGGGAGAGCAACAGUGGGCGCUAGGACACCCCCAGGGGCUCAGAGCGCAGGGCAGGGGUCCUCUAACUCCCUGGAAUGGGCGACUGGAAGACGUACAUCAGCGCGGUACUGCGGGACCAGCGCAUCGAUGACGUGGCGGUGGUGGGGCAUUCGGACAACCGCUGUGUGUGGGCCUCGAGGCCUGGAGGUCUGCUGGCUGCCAUCUCCCCGCAGGAGGUGGGCAUACUGACAGGUCCUGACCGCCGCAGCUUCUUGCAGUCUGGAAUCAGCUUGGCCGGCCGGCGCUGUUGUGUCAUCCGAGACCACCUCCUAGAAGACGGUGAUGGCGUCCUGGACGCCAGGACCAAGGGACUGGAUGGUCGCUCUGUAUGUGUGGGACUCACGCCGAAGGCCCUGGUCGUGCUCAUGGGUCGACGGGGCGUGCACGGGGGCACACUCAACAAAACCACUCACCAUCUUAUCAGGGGCCUGAGGUUCCAGGGUAUCUAGGAUGCCAGGAGCCAGCGUCGAGUGGCGGGGAAUAAAUAUAUAUGUAAUGUAGCCUGAGCCCUGUUCUGGGAAGUGGGACAAGAGGGUGGCUUUUGGGCUAGGGGUCGUCCAGGGCCUCGAUCUCUGGCUGCCCAGAGAGGGUGACCCUCCCCUUUUGGAGGAUUUCCUGGAGCAAGUGCUUAUUUAAAAUCGUGGAGCUGCAGGUCGGGGAAGGCAGUCUCACAGCCAAGGCAGGACUCUGAAGGUUCUCACGCACAAUUAGACUACAGCUGCCUCUAGAACAAAUAAAUGCCAGGGAGACUGACACCAACCCUAGUGCCAUCUUCCCAGAAUGUAGCUGGGCCUCUAAGGUCUUGGAAGAUCAGGCCAGUACAGAAAACAAACAUUGAGAUUAGGGACUGGGAAAGGCUUCUGGUAGAAGUCUUAUUAUUAAGCUCUCUCUGUAUAAGGCACAUCUUACUAAACGCUGG